CAUGUGCCCGAAAUAGGUUAGAAAUCGCAUUUUUGUGGUUAAACAAAAUACAAAGUCUCAGUUUUCAUAAUCAUGAAUAAAACCCACCUCGGUGACGACGUCGGCCGCAAACGCAAGUCGCGAAAUCGCCACAAAUCCAAAAAGUUGAAGCGUUCCCGAAUUUUUCAAGAAACCAGUUUCGAUUCGAGCGACGACAAUGAAACUUCUGCAAACACGACACCGUCUAAGCGCUCCGACUCGCUCGAAUACCAGUUCAAGGUGCUAAAUUUAACCCCGUCGAAGUCAGAAUGUGACACUAGUAAAGAAAACGCAGCAACACCGUCCGACUGUGCCAAAGACGCCUCAAGCUUCUGGUCUGAGUUCGAUCUUUCGCGCGACGAAGACGUUUCGUACGCGUACGGGAGCAUCAUCGAAGAGUUUGCGUGUGAUGACGGAAACCAGAGUUACUCUGAGGUGGUGUCGGCCGAAGUGAAUGGUCUGAAUGAGUCAACGGAUGAGGAAGUACCCCAAAACGUAAUCAUUAUGAAGAAAACCAAGUCAAAAAAGACGGAGGGUAAGACUGUGAAAAAAAAAGCGAAAGUUGAUGACCCCCCAGUGAAUAAUUUACUCAUGGAAGAAGCGCAAUUUUAUUUUCGUGACGACGGAAUUAUUGUUAUUUUGGAGAAAAAUCAGACUAUUUAUUUUCAUGGUUUGUGCUCAGUGUCGGUUCUUCACGGUCAAGUUGAAGUUUUAGGUCACGUUUUAACCAAAAAUAGCCCCGAGGCCAAACUCUACUCAUUCAGGGGCUCCUCUCUUCUGUAUUUAAAAAAUAUCACGGAGUCUGAUAUCCCAAUCAGUAGUUACUUGCUCCCCAACAAAAUUAAACUGUCGGAAAAAUGUGCCCUAGUCUUUUGUAAAAAGUUGCAUGAUCCGGGGGUUCUGUUCAUGGAAAAACACAUUUCGCAGCAGAUUCUGCCCAGACAGGAGCAAGAUUUGCCUAGAGUUGUCUUCCAGCCGAAAGAAGGGAGCUGGAAUUUGCUUCAGGUCAGUCAGGACUGGAAUCACGUAAUUAAUGAAGUCGAUAAAAACACGAAAUUGAUGAUUUGUGGCGGGAAAGGAGUGGGAAAGACGACUUUCCUGAGAUACGCUAUAAACAGACUUUUGAUGAAAUUUAGUGAAAUUAGAGUGAUUGAUUUGGAUCCUGGACAGUCAGAAUUUACGGUUCCUGGAUGCAUUUCGAUUGUUAGAGUGAACACACCUUUAUUUGGUGUUAAUUACACUCACCUGCAACAAACUGAAAGGUCAAUUCUUUCAAAUAUAAAUAUAGCGUAUGAACCUGAAAAAUACAUAGCUGGGGUGAAAGAGUUAGUUAGUGUGGUUUUAGACGAAAUUCCCACUUUAAUUAACUACAUGGGGUAUACUCAUGGAGUUGGAAUUAAUAUUCUAUCGGCUGUGAUCACCCAAAUCCAACCAACUGAUGUGCUCCAAAUUUGUAGCCAAAAUUCUAAAAAAAAUUACAAAUUUAGUUUAAAGACUGGCGUUAUUAAACAAAACGCCAAAUUAUUUGUUUCAGAGAAAACAAAUUUGAAUUAUAAUUUACACCAAAUUGAGUCAAUGUGUGAUGGAAAUGAUAGCUGGACUGCUGAACCCAGACAACUUAGAGAAAUGUGUGUUUUAUCCUAUAUCAGUCAUUUAGUUGAUUCUAAUUCAGUUUUUAAAAGUAAAGGACCAAUGUAUAGGAUAAACUUGAAUGAUAUAAUAAUUAGUGACUUAAACGGCGACGAAGUUCAUCCAGCAGCUAUUAAUGCGUCCCUAGUGGCACUCUGUCGACUGUCAAACAAAGAAGAGCACAUUUUCCAGUGCUUUAGCUGGGGGGUUGUGAGAGGCGUUGAUGUCGCUACUAACGAAUUAGUGUUAUUAACCUCAACAAAAAUCGACACUUUGAAUGACGUUACGCACUUGGUGUCAAAUGGGGUUUCUCUACCACCGUCGGUUUAUAUGACACCGGAUGACAUUCAAGGUCCUAUGCCCUACGUGAUUGAGGGGCUGCUGAUGUCGUUUGGACAGAUUCCCAAGCGGUCGCGGAUGUCCGUGAAGUAGUUUGUAAACAUUUGUUGUAAAUAAAAAGUCGUGCCAACAUAACCUAAAAAUUGUAAAAAAGUCAGUUUUGAAUAAAUAAACACCAGAAAAGUGUUA